GUAAGCUGCGAGUGCUGAUCAUAGAUGAAAUAUUAACAUGUACAGGGUAAAGUAGUGACAGCUCGGCGGUCAUCAGUCAGAGAGCCCGCUGUGGAGCUCCUGUCAGGUUUGUAAUAUGGCCUCAUGGAUUAUUCAUGCGACUAUGAUGGUGCUCUCUGUGUUCAUCAGUAGCAGCCAGGGGAAGAGGGACCAGCAGCUCUACUGCUCCGCAUGCAAGGCCAUUGCUGACGAACUGAACUACUCGAUCAGCCAGAUUGACCCAAAGAAAACCAUCAACGUUGGCAGCUUUAGACUCAACCCUGACGGAACCAUGAAAGACAAAAAGGUACCCCUCGCCCGCUCAGAGACUCACCUCAGUGAGCUCCUGGAGGAGGUGUGCAACAGCAUGAACGACUACGCCCUCCAUGUUGACCCCGACACCCAGCACAAGCAGUACAGGAGGUUUGCUCCCAGGAGCGGCGGGGCCCCCGGGGACUUCCCCGACUUUAACCACUUCCAGUUUGACGGCCCAGACGCAUCCAACGCUCUGAAGUUCGCAUGUGAGUCGCUGGUGGAUGAUCUGGAGGAUGAGAUCAUCUUGUUGUUCAGACGGGACACGGAGCAUGUGAGCGAGGAGUUGUGCAGCAGAGUCUCAGACUACUGUAAAGACAGCAGUCACACUAACGAGGAAUUGUAGAGUUUCAAAGGACGGAGGUGGGACCAGCUUUGUUGCAGAGAUCACAACAAAUCAAAUAAUAUUUCAAAUAAUCUGUUUUUGACAAAUUACUGACCUUUUGUAAUAAAUAAAAAAAUCUAAUGUUGAAAGCCA